AUGGUCAAAUUCGGUCUUGAACUUUUCAAGUUCGGCACAUACCUCUCGUUCCCCAUUGGGAUCAUGUACUAUUUCGGAACGAAUAUCGAGGAGCGUUUCUCCGUCCCUGGCUUCUGGCCAUCUGCCGAGCAGUCGAACACUAUUCCAAAGGACCGCGAUGAAAUUAGGGCCGAGUACGAACGAAUUGUUGCACGACAAAGGAUCAAACAGGCCGAGCAGAGGGAGCGCGAAGCAGCGCUGCAAGCCCAGGCACAGCAUGACGAUAAUUCUCACUAA